GGUGGGCUGCUAGGUCGCCUGUCCAGGGAGACUGCUUUCCCGAGCUUCAGCACCUCCGACCACGCUUCUUCGUGAGCUCGCCGUCCCCGAGGAGACCGGCGGUGGAUAUUUCCCCCAAAGCAUUUCUUUAUUGAGCACUGAGGAGGAUCCUUUUCCUUGUAAAAAUGACAGUUUCGUGGUAACGGUAGCUGGAGUGAAUGGAACACCUGCUACGUGCUUGCGGAGCACUCCUACCCACUUUACAUAGAUUACUAUAUUACACCCUUGCAAUAACUGUAUGAGGUAUUAUUAUUCCCAUUUUACAGAUUUGGGAACCGAGGAGGCUCACGCGUGUGUAACUUGCCCAAGGUUAUCCAGCUGGCAGCAGCUGGGAUUAGCUUGCGGUCAGCCUCCAGCCGCUUUGGGGUCAACUGCUGCAACAGGGCAAGAAGAUACCGAGUCCUGAAUUCAUUGACCAAACUGAGCCAUAGUUAUUUGCCGCUCUGUAUAACUUUCCCACUAGACUGUGAGAUUAAAUUCGGUAAAGCUGAAGCACGACAUCAUACAGAAGAGUGCAGAAAUCAUAAAUGUACAUUUCAGUGAAUUAUUAGCAUGUGGACACGCCCGUAUAACCAUCACUGAGUUUAAGAAUCAGAGCAUGACCAGCUCCCUGGUAGCCUCCCACCCGUCUCGUUCACUGCCCUAUUCCUCCUCCGAGGUGACCACUAUCCUGCAUUCUACCGGUCACCACAGGUUAUCCUCAACAAAAGAGCUUGAGAGAUGCCAACUUUGCAUUGAGUUCAAAUAAGCGAGAAGAACAUUUGGUUAAACUAUUUGAAAAUAAUCCAACAAAUGACCAAAAUCACAACCCACCACGCGUGAAAAACAUCUUCCAAACGCUCCAAAGAUCUUUAGGUCACAUUGCAGAGGAGAAGAGGGAUAAAGAAUCCUCUCUAUUCAACAGGGAUGUAAGUGAUGAGCAGUUAACAACCAUAAAUAAAGGAACACUUCCAGAAGCAAUCAGUCCAGAUGUUCCAAGCAGGAGUAUGCCAUGCGCACAGCUUCUGCGCUUUCUGCAGAGGGACAUCAGCGUCGCCGCUGUCUCGGUGGCAGGAAUCCUCACGGCCACAGUGUUGCUGCUGCUGGCGUUGGUCACGUACAUCAGGAAGAAACAGCCAUUAGAUGAAUCAAAGCUGUGGAGAGCCUACCUAAAUCCAAGGACAAGUGUCAUAAGAGACAGAAGAGGAAUAGACACGAAGAGAAGACAGAGGUAGAGAUUGGAGUCAUGUGGGCACAGCUGAGGAAGCCAAGGAUUGCUGACAGCCCCCAGAAGCUGGAAGAGAAUCCUAAAUUGCUCUUGGAAGGAUGCUGUACUCAAGAGGUACGCCCUGGAGGGCGCAAGGAAAUCCUGUUCCUGCCCUUGGACAUGCAGUCAGUAGCACACUAUCGAAACUGGGGAAACGGAGAGAUGAUGGUGGUGGUGAUGAUGAUGGCGAUAGUGGAGCAUCUGCUUUGAUGCUCAUGAGAGUCUGAAGAGGCGCAGGGGCCCGUACCCUGCUCAGUGCAGCGGCGGCGAUGCCGGACCCCGCGGCGCACCUGCCCUUCUUCUACGGCAGCAUCUCGCGCGCCGAGGCCGAGGAGCACCUGAAGCUGGCGGGCAUGGCCGACGGGCUCUUCCUGCUGCGCCACUGCCUGCGCUCUCUGGGCGGCUAUGUGCUCUCGCUCGUGCACGACGUGCGCUUCCACCACUUCCCCAUCGAGCGCCAGCUCAACGGCACCUACGCUAUUGCGGGCGGAAAAGCGCACUGCGGCCCCGCUGAGCUCUGUGAGUUCUAUUCGCGCGACCCAGACGGGCUGCCCUGCAACCUGCGCAAGCCGUGCAACCGGCCGUCGGGGCUCGAGCCGCAGCCCGGGGUCUUCGACAGCCUACGCGAUGCCAUGGUGCGCGACUACGUGCGCCAGACUUGGAAACUAGAGGGCGAGGCCCUGGAGCAGGCCAUCAUCAGCCAGGCCCCUCAGGUGGAGAAGCUCAUUGCCACGACGGCUCACGAGCGGAUGCCCUGGUACCACAAAAGCCUGACGCGCGAGGAGGCGGAGCGCAAACUCUACUCAGGCUCACAGACGGACGGCAAGUUCCUGCUGAGACCCCGGAAGGAGCAGGGCACCUAUGCGCUGUCUCUGAUCUAUGGGAAGACUGUGUACCACUACCUCAUCAGCCAGGACAAGGCGGGCAAAUACUGCAUUCCCGAGGGGACCAAGUUUGACACGCUCUGGCAGCUGGUGGAGUACCUGAAGCUGAAGGCUGACGGGCUCAUCUACUGCCUAAAGGAGGCCUGUCCCAACAACAGCGCCAGCUCAGAGGCCGCUGCUCCCACACUCCCCGCCCACCCAUCCACAUUCACCCAGCCUCAGAGACGGAUCGACACGCUCAACUCAGACGGAUACACCCCUGAACCAGCAUGCCUAGCGUCCUCAGAGAAGCCGCGAUCGAUGCCCAUGGACACCAGCGUGUACGAGAGCCCCUACAGCGACCCCGAGGAGCUCAAAAACAAGAAGCUCUUCCUGAAGCGCGAGAACCUCCUCAUGGCUGACAUAGAACUUGGCUGCGGCAACUUUGGCUCCGUUCGCCAGGGCGUCUACCGCAUGCGCAAGAAGCAGAUCGACGUGGCCAUCAAGGUGUUGAAACAGAACACAGAGAAGGCGGACAAGGAUGAGAUGAUGCGGGAGGCGCAGAUCAUGCACCAGCUGGACAACCCCUACAUCGUGCGGCUCAUCGGCGUGUGCCAGGCCGAGGCCCUCAUGCUGGUGAUGGAGAUGGCGGGCGGCGGGCCGCUGCACAAGUUCCUGCUCGGGAAGAAGGAGGAGAUCCCCGUCAGCAAUGUGGCGGAGCUGCUGCACCAGGUGUCCAUGGGCAUGAAGUACCUGGAGGAGAAGAACUUUGUGCACCGUGACCUGGCGGCCCGCAACGUCCUUCUGGUCAACCGGCACUACGCCAAGAUCAGCGACUUUGGUCUCUCCAAGGCACUGGGUGCUGAUGACAGCUACUACACCGCUCGCUCGGCGGGGAAGUGGCCGCUCAAGUGGUACGCGCCUGAGUGCAUCAACUUCCGCAAGUUCUCCAGCCGCAGUGACGUCUGGGGCUAUGGGGUCACCAUGUGGGAAGCCUUCUCCUAUGGCCAGAAGCCCUACAAGAAGAUGAAGGGCCCCGAGGUCAUGGCCUUCAUCGAGCAGGGCAAGCGGAUGGAGUGCCCCCCAGAGUGUCCGCCCGAAAUGUACAAGCUCAUGAGCGACUGCUGGACCUACAAGUGGGAGGACCGUCCAGACUUCCUGACCGUGGAGCAGCGCAUGCGCACCUACUACUACAGCUUGGCAAGCAGGGCCGCGGACCCUGCGGCCGAGGCUGCGUGUGUCUGAGCUCCAGCCUGCCGGCCCCUACGCCCCAGCUUUUCCUCCUGUGUCCUCAGCUCCCUCCCAGGACCUCCAGUCUGGCUGAGCCCAGCUCAGUUUCUCUCCCCCACACCAGCUGGGCUGUGAGAAGGGGGACAGCUCAGACCUCCGGCCCACACUGGUCUAGUAUUCCCUGCCUGGUCACCUGGCCCCUCUGGCUGGGGUAGGAGGCCGAGACCCAGGCAAGGUGAUCCUGGGCUGGAAUCUACUGGGAGGCCCUGAGCUGAGGGGGCGUUGCUUACAGCAAGGACCCUCCUUCCUCUGGGCCCAGAGGGCGGACUCCCGGAGUUCUCAGGUGGCAAGACCCCAAUCAUUGGAAUAAACGCAGCUUCUCUCUUGUCUGAGAUCCCUCAUCUUUCUGGGGUGAGGGCGGGGGGACCAGGAAAGGGGCUGGGUCAUCGGAAGGGGUCCAUGAGAAGUGCCUGAUGGUGCAAUGCACGGGCAUUCCAAUAUUUGAUACAGCUUUUCUCGUGUGGGCCUGGGGGCUGGCAUUCCCGCCCUUGUGCCCCGGGGACAUCUUUACCAG